GCGGUACCUGGGCGUCUGCUGAAGACCCGGGCUAUGAGGGAGAUGUACCGGAGCUAUGUGGAGAUGUUGGUCAGCACAGCCCUCGACCCAGACAUGAUCCAGGCCCUGGAGGACACACACGACGAGCUGUACCUCCCACCCAUGCGCAAGAUUGAUGGCCUCCUGAAUGAGCACAAGAAAAAAGUCCUGAAGCGGCUGUCACUGAGCCCAGCCCUGCAGGACGCCCUGCACACGUUCCCACAGCUGCAAGUGGAGCAGAGUGGGGAGGGCUCCCCAGAGGAGGGGGCCGUGCGGCUGCGGCCAGCCGGCGAACCCUACAACCGCAAGACGCUCAGCAAACUCAAGAGGAGUGUGGUCCGAGCUCAGGAGUUCAAGGUUGAGCUGGAGAAGUCGGGAUACUACACACUCUACCAUUCACUCCACCACUAUAAAUACCACACCUUCCUGCGCUGUCGGGACCAGACCCUGGCCAUCGAGGGCGGCGCUGAGGACCUGGGCCAGGAGGAGGUGGUCCAACAGUGUAUGCGGAACCAGCCGUGGCUGGAACAGCUCUUUGACUCCUUCAGUGACCUGCUGGCCCAAGCACAGGCCCACAGCCGCUGCGGGUGACCCUGCCCCAGCCUAGGAGGGCACCUCUUCCACAAACCGAGAAUUGGGACAGAACUGUGUCCUCAGGAGCUAACCCCUGGGCUCCGUUGCCGGGGAAACGGGGGGUCAUGGGUCAGGGUAUGUCCAUGCUGCCCCCCAGGGCAGGGUUCAAAGUCCGACUCCCCCCCCCCAGCCCUCUCCACCCCC